GCGCUCCUUGCGAUCGGAGAGGAUUGGCACAACUGGCACCACGUCUUCCCGUACGACUACGCCGCCAGCGAGUUUGGCAUCGCGUCGCAGUACAACCCGACCAAGCUCUUCAUUGACAUUUGCGCCUACGUCGGCCUUGUCACGAACCGGAAGCGCGCGCUCAAGGCGUGGGAGGCGCGGCGUGCGAAGCGCGAGACCGUCGACGCGUUCGACAUCCCGGACGGCUACGAGCUCAAGGAGGGCGAGUGCGAGGACGCGGCGCCCAAGGCCAAGGCCGCGUAA